UUUUCUACCGGGUAGUCGAUGUGGAGGGGCAUGGUUCUCGGAGGCAGCACGUUCCUUGUCAAUUGUCGGCAGCGAGUCAGUCAGUCAGUUAGUCAGUCAGUCACUCAGUCAGUGAGAUACCUGGUCGCCAGUUGGUUGCAAGUCGUCGAAGCGCGUACCUCGAUUCUUAUCGAUAAGAAUAAAAAAAAACCGUCCUUAUCUAUCAGUGCCGUAACAAUUUCGCGAGGAAGAAUUGGACCGCAGCCCAGUAGUUGUGCUUGUCACUUGAAUGCAAGGGGAAAUACGUGUCACCAAUGCGUGGAGGAUUAUUGAUGGUGGUGAACGAUAAUGUAGCCGUUGGUCCAAAGCCGAGGAAGCGAUAAAGAUAGAGAGGAAAAAGCUCGCGUGGAAGGGACUGUUAAACAAAACGUUGGGAGUAAAAAAACAACAGAUUGAAAAACCUACGGCGCGAUAAGGAACGCCGGACGCGAGACGAGGCGAAAGAAGAAGCUGCUCAACGUGUAAUAUAUAUACGUGAAGCUUCUUUCGAACAAGGGAUAAAGAGCUGCGACGGCUGCCCGAUGUGCGUUGGAAAAGCGUCGGAAGAGGACGCGAGUAUGGUGUCUCGGAUACGACCGAUAAAGGUCACUGCGGUUGGUGACGGCAUGGUCGGUAAGACCUGCAUGCUUAUCACAUACACAUCCAAGAAAUUCCCCACCGAAUACGUUCCCACAGUGUUCGACAACUAUGCAGACAACAUAUGCGUAGAUGGACAGGAGUUCAAUAUGGUGCUUUGGGACACAGCCGGUCAAGAGGAUUACGAAAGGCUUAGGCCUUUGUCGUACCCGAACACGGAUUGUUUUCUCCUGUGCUUUUCGAUAAGUGCGCGCAGUUCGUACGAAAACGUAGCCAGCAAAUGGUAUCCGGAAAUCAAGCACCACUGUCCGAACGUGCCAAUUGUCCUUGUCGGCACCAAGGGUGACCUGAGGAACAGGGAGGACACGGAUGUAAUAACACCGGCAGAAUGUAAGAAGAUGAAGAAGAGAAUCAAGGCCUACAAAUACGUCGAAUGUUCGGCAAUAAAGUCAGAGGGACUGGAAGAGGUAUUUGUAGAGGGGAUUAGAUCCGUGCUGAAAAAACCGGCACCGCGGAGACUGUGCGGUAUUCUUUGAAACGGAAUACAAGCACAAUCGUAUACAUCACAUAUAUUCACGCGGUACUUUGAAAAUUGUUGAUGUUACGGGGCUACCCGUCAAUAAGAAACGAUAAGAUUAUUGUUAUUAAUUUUAGCAUUACUAUUAUUAUUAUUAUUUUAACCGGUGCCUACCAUUAAUAACAUUAAUAUUAUGAUUGGACAAGUUAUAUCGCCGAAGCUUCAUUUCUGAUACUAAAAGACGCGAAAAGAACGAAUUAUAACCAAAGAAUCCCUCUCGAGUCCUGCCGUGUACAUACAUAUAUAUAUAUACAGUACUGUUCAGAGUAUAAGCGGUCGCCGAAUUCUGCGACAGUAUUUCAGGAUGUUUUUCUUGAUUACACGUACAGAAGACUGGUCCGCGUAUUAGACGACGACGAUUUUGGCGGCUGCUG